AUGCCAGGCCUAACAUGCAACGCCUGCAACAAAGAGUUGGUGGACGACGCGGAGCAAAAGCUCCAUUACAAGUCUGAAUGGCACCGCUACAAUCUCAAGCGCAAGGUAGCCGGUGUUCCCGGGGUGACUGAAACAUUAUUUAUAGCAAGACAAGAUGCCGUCGCCCAGGAGAAAAAUGGUUUAAGUGAAACCCCGAUGCUUUACAGUUGUGGUCUUUGUGGCAAAGGGUAUAGAAGUUCUAAGGCUCAUGCUGAGCAUCUCAAAUCACGAAGUCACAUUCUGAGGGCCUCUCAAGGGACCAGUGAUCAAGAAGAGAAGGCAAUAAUUAGACCACUUCCCAGUCGUGUUGUGAAUAAAGCUCCCCCCAAAAGACAGGAAAGUGAUGAGGAAACUGAAGAAAGUGAAGAUGAGUGGGAGGAGGUUGAUUCUGACGAAGACUUGGUUGGUGAGACUGCAAAAUCUUUGACUGAAAUGAACGUAGAUGAGCAUGCCUCCAAUGAGGAUAUGGAUGAAGAUGACUUUGAGGAGUUGGAUCCAUCCUGUUGCUUUAUGUGCGAUCUAGAGCAUGAUACCAUUGAAAGCUGCAUGGUUCACAUGCACAAACAACAUGGAUUCUUCAUUCCUGAUAUUGAGUAUUUAAAGGAUCCAAAAGGCCUCCUUACUUAUCUUGGUCUUAAGGUUAAAAGGGAUCUUAUGUGUCUGUAUUGCAAUGAUAGGCGCCAUCCUUUUAACAGUUUGGAAGCAGUUAGGAAGCAUAUGUCGGCAAAAAGCCAUUGCAAGGUACAUUAUGGCGAUGGUGACGAUGAAGAAGAAGCCGAGUUGGAAGAGUUCUAUGAUUACAGCAGCAGUUAUGUGGAUGAGGCUGGCAAACAAUUGGUUGUAUCAGGUGAUAUGGCAAACAGUGUAGAACUUGGGAGUGGUGGCUCUGAGCUCAUCAUUACUAGAAGAUCUGAUGAUGGCACAUCAACCAAAACACUUGGUUCCAGGGAAUAUUUGCGCUAUUAUCGCCAGAAGCUGCGCCCAUCACCAACAAAUGGUACCGCCAUUACAGCUGCAUUAGCCUCAAGGUACAAGAGCAUGGGGUUGUCGACUGUGCAGUCAAAAGAACGAAUGGUCAGAAUGAAGGUACUGAAGGAAAUGAGAAGAUCGGGAGUGGAGGCUAUGCGCAGUAAGAUGGGAAUGAAAAGCAACGUCAUCCGGAACCUGCCCAAGAAUUGCACAUAUUAG